AUGGCUACCGAAGCCCAAAGGCCGCCGUCUAGACUUGUCUCCACGGCGUCUCGGCUUUCCAUUUUUACUCCCCUUUUCUCUCCUCUCCGGCCGUUGCCGUUGCUCUGCCUCUGCGGCGCUCUUCUCCUCCUGUCAGUUGCCGCUGCCGCCGACGCGGCCAUGUUCGCCUGGAUCCUGCGCGGCUGCCGCGACGAGAGCUCUGCCUCCGACCAGCUCAAGCAGGCUCGCGAUGUCUUCAAGGCGAAAGAGGCGGUCUUGCAAAAGAAGAUUUCUCAAGAGAUGGAACGGGCCAAGGAGUUUACAAAGUCGGGAAACAAACAAGCAGCAAUGCAGUGCUUGAAGAGGAAAAAGUACUAUGAAAGCCAAAUGAACCAGGUUGGAAGCGUUCAGUUACGCAUUAAUUCCAAGGAGAGAAUGAUCGCUGACCACACGGGGAACAAAUAA